AGGGAUUGUAAAUAAAAAAUUACAAUAUGAAGAAUAUAAUAAAAAGGACAUUGUUGAUAUUUUUAAUGAUCCUUCAAUUGGGAAUGGGCUUUGGUAUUCAAAAUAAGGUGAAGAAUAGAUUUGAUCUUUUAAAGAAGAAAAUCAACAAGGCACUGAAAGGAAGAGAAGGAUAUGAACUCUUUUUUGAUGUAAACGAGUUUGAAUUUCCGGAAGCAAAUUCUACUAUAAGACAGAUACAUAGAGAACAAUGGGAGGAUUAUUAUAAGUGUUUAAAAGAUCGAUACGCAGAAACUGGACCAGAGAAAACUACGUUUCCGAUUUCUCUGAUGGCUCUGGAAGGAACAUCAGUAAUAUUAAAAUGUCAGAUUUGCAUAUCUCCGUCUGAAAUGCAUAAGAUAGAAGCGAUUGAGUGGUUUUUCAAUAGUAGCGUUCAUCCUAAAUCUAUAAACGAGCAAGUAUAUUACACAGAACAUUUAUUAAUUUCGCCAGAUGCACAUUUGCGUAUGUACAACAUUCAGCUAGAUGAAGCUGGUGAAUAUUGGUGUCAAUUGGGAGAUACAAUUGCAGCUCCUUAUUAUCUUUAUGUCGAUAAUGGAUCCGAACCAAUUGUCAUCGUGCGUUCAGACGAGGCGCCAAAAGCAAUUCACAGCGAAACACCCACAAUUAUAUCAGAGUAUAAUUUAAAAGCAUACUCAUCAUGGACUGAUUGGUCAGAAUGCUCGACAUGUGAUGCAGUUGGAGAAAAAAUUAGAUACGGUUACUGUACAAUUUCCUUAUUGGAAGAAUCGGAAUUUCAUACUGUUUUUAAAAAGAGUUAUUCAAGAAAAAAUCUAUAUCGAUACUUGUUUAAGAGAAAAGUUGCUAACGAAGACAACCAGGCAAAAGGAAACCGGGAAAAAUAUGAUAGUGACCUAGGAAAGUUAAUCAAUUAUAUUUUGCCAAUAUUUAGAAAUAAAAUGCCUUGCAGGUCAAAAUACACUCCUUUGGAAAUUCAAAAUAUAAUUGGUAUCAAAAAAAGAAAAAGUGAAAUUAUGCAUCGUUAUUGCAAGGUCCCUUGUCCAAGAAACGAAAUAUUUGAAGUUCGCGACAAACAUGGAAAUGUUCUCGAAAGCGCGAACAACAGUGCUGGGAUUUAUUCUAUCGCUCAAGGUCCACCGGAACUCAUACCGAUGGUAGCUCGAGUAACUCUUUAUCGCCAGCACAACAAAAAAUGUGAACUUAAAUGUCCAGGCAACCUGAACACGGAUGCUCCUAUAGUCUGGAAAGUUAGAAACAAAAUUCUCACCCCUUCGAUUAUCAAAAAUCAGUCGUCCGGUAGAAUAGAAAUCACUUCAAAGCAGAGUAUAAUAUUUAAAAAACUACGGUUUACCGACAAGAAUAUUUACAGCUGCUGGCAAAAUAACGAACUCGCUGGAACGAUUAGACUAGAAGUUUCACACGACGUCGAAAUAAAAUUCGAUCAUCAUGUCAUCAUGAUCGGUGGCAUUGUGAUUAUUAUAGUUUUUUUGAAAGUAUUCUGGAGAGCUUUCCAGGGCCGUAAACGAUACACUAUGCAUUGAUAUUGCAAUUUAAAAAUUGAGAAUUUGAUUAUUAAUUACAAAAAAAAAUGUAAACUAGAGAAAAAGUCUCUUUGAAAUGUAUUUAC